CGCCGCGGCCAUGGAGCAGGUGCAGCCGCUGGGGCCGCACCCGCUAGCGCUGGACUCCGUCUGGGUGCAGGGUGCGAGCGCGGAGGGUGCGUGGCUGGUGGCUGGCGUCGCCCGGCGCCCCAGGCGCCAGCUCGACGCUGUGUGCCUGGUGGGGGUGCCCGGACUAGGCACGCUGAAGCUGCCCCGCCACCCCGACACCCUGCUCGUCGCCUCCAAUGACGUCUUCGGCGGCGAGGGCCUCCUCAUCCGCCUCGUCGAGCCGAUGGUCUGCUGGAAGAUCAACUACGCCGUCGGUCCCAUGCGCCUCGACGAAACAGGAGAGCUGGUGGACGUCGUCCUUGACCUGACCUUCACCUCGACCCUGCCCUGCUUCGACUUUGACACGGACAUGGCGCCGCGAACGGUGGCGCGCGCCAUGGCGCGCGAGCCUUGGAGCCGUGAGUUCUUCGCGCGUCUGCGCGACGCCCACCAGACUCACUACGAGCAGAUCGGCACGACCAGAGGCCGCGUGACGGUGCGUGGGCGUGAGUACGCGCUAAGCCCAUAG